AUGACGGAGGACCUCGAGCAGGACGGCUUUGUGAUCAUCUCGCAUGAGGAGGCGGGCCGCCUGUCGGGAGAGAACCCGGUACCGGACUAUUUGUCCGACAUCAGCAAUUAUGUCGACAGCAUCGGCGACGCGCUGUGGCCGGUCAACAAGAAGAUCCACGACAACCCCGAGCUGAACUAUGAGGAGUACAUCGCCCAUGAGGCCCUCACUUCGUUUAUGGAGAAGAGGAAGGGCUGGAAGGUGACGAGGUCGGCAUACGGCAUGGACACGGCCUGGUACGCCGUCUAUGACACCGGCAAGAAGGGGCCGGUCGUUUCCUUCAACGCCGAAAUGGAUGCGCUCCCGGGCAUCGGGCACGCAUGCGGCCAUAACCUCAUCGCCUCGGCUUCGGUGGCCGGUGCUCUAGCAACUGUGGAGAUGAUGCGCCGGUUCAACAUCAAAGGCAAAGUUGUCUUAUUCGGCACGCCGGCCGAAGAAGGCGGCGGCGGCAAGAUCCGAAUGAUCAAGGCGGGCGCAUACCGCGAGCACAAGGUCGACCUCAACCUCAUCUCGCACCCGGGCAUCGUCGCGGACUGCGCGCUGACCCGCACGACCGCCUACACGCGCUUCAGCGCCGUCUACCACGGCCGCGAGACGCACGCCGCCGCGAACCCGUGGCUCGGCAUCAACGCGCUCGACGCCAUGGUCGCGGCGUACAACGGCUUCUCGAUGCUGCGCCAGCAGACCAUGCCCGGCGACAUCAUCCAGGGCCACAUCACCGACGGCGGGCUCGCGCCCAACAUCAUCCACGCCCGCGCCGCCGGCGUCUUCGUCGUGCGCGCCAAUCUGCAGUCGCGCCUCGACGUGCUGCGUGGGAAAGUGGACCGGUGCUUCGAGGCCGGCGCGCUGGCGACGGGGGCCCGGCUCGAGGUCGAGGAGGAGCAGGCCUACAAGGACCACGUGCCCAACCGGGUCCUGGGCAGGUCGUAUGCCCGCUACUUCAACGCCCUGGAUCCCCCGAGUCGCAUCGCCGAGGACCAGGACGUCGAUGAGAUCCGGGGCAGGACCUCGGCUAGCAGCGACCAGGGAGACAUCAGCUACGAGAUGCCGAGUCUGAACCCUGGCUUCUCGAUCCGCCCUGGCCCACAGGGGAACGGGCCGCACAGCCCGGACUUCACAGAGGCGUCGGGGACCAAGGAUGCUUUUGAGAGGAGUUUGAGGGUUGGCAAGGCGCUUGCGGGAACGGCUAUCGAUGUGCUGACCCAGGAAGGUCUGUUGGCCGAGGUCAAGGAGCAGUGGAGGAGAGACAUGGAGAAGGCGUCAGCUGGCGAUGAAACGUAUUAG